CAGCUAAAUUUAAUCAAGCGCGAAUAAAAAGAAUAAUACAAUAAAAUGAAAUUUUUAGCAGUUGGAACAUUUUUAAUCGUUUGUGGUUUGGCCAAGGCAGCUCCUUCCUACCACCACGAUAAAGGACAUGCCACCAGUUAUGCCGUAGUAACAAAACAUGAAGCUGCACCACAGCAUCAUGAAUGGCAGGCCAAGGAAUGGUUGCCUCAUGGUAUUGAACAUAAAAGCUAUGACAUUGUGGCUGUUAAUCAUUAUGACCAGGGUGGUGAUUGGCAUCAACACGACUAUGACAACAAACAUGCCAAAUAUCAGUUUGAUUAUGGUGUCAAGGAUUUGAAGACAGGCGAUAUUAAAAAUCAAUGGGAGAGCAGAGAUGGUGAUCAUGUUAAGGGCAGCUACUCUUUGAAGGAAUCCGAUGGCACUACCCGCCUUGUUGAAUAUACCGCCGAUGAUCAUAAUGGUUUCAAUGCCGUGGUCAAGAAAAUUGGUCAUGCCCAUCAUCCUGUAGUAUAUGCUAAGCCAGUUCAUCAUCAUGGUGGUUGGGAAGCUGAUUAUAGUCAUCAAGGUCAUGAUCUUGGCUACGAUCAUGGUUAUGGUCAUGGUCAUGCCACUAGUUAUGCUAAGGUUUGGCAACAUUAAGCACUGUUUAUCUAAAAAGCAAUACUUUGUGGUUUUAUUGAUAAGACGUUGUUGAUUUCUCUUUCUCUUUUCUUUGAAUUUUUGUAAAUAAAUAUUAGAUUUUAAGCAGCAUGAAUAAAAAGUAAAACUUUAAAAAAAAUAA